AUGGAAAGGCACCUUCCAGACACUAGAUCACACCCUACCCCCUGGUCCCAGCCAUUAAACCAAAUAAUAGAUAUAUCUAUAUCUAGCAAACUAAAAGAGCAAACAGCCCAGGAACACAAGGCGCUAAUAUCUCAAUGGCUUGCUGGUAGAGACAACCACAAGAUUAUCUUUUAUUCAGAUGGAUCCCAGCUGCAAAGCGGUCAAAAUGGAGCAGGAAUCUUCCUCCAAGAAAAUAAUCCUCAAAAUCAAAAGGCUUGGGCAUGGAAUCUAGGUCACGAAUACGAGGUCUACGACGCGGAGCUAUUUGCUAUUCAAAAGCAUUAA